UUUCGAACUGGCAGCUGGCAGUCAAUUGUCAAUAAUUGUAAUUUUUGCUUUGUUUUGAAUACAUACGUGCACUUAUUCAGGAUUUAUUUUCUAGUAUUUAAUCGUAGUUAUUGUGUUACUAAAUAAUAAAGUACAAAAGCUUUUUUCAAGAUUUCCGAGAUAUUAAAAAGGAAGGUUCGUCGUUAAAUAAAUUAGGAAAUGUGUUAGACUGAAUUACUUGUAGAUUACCUAUAACAUUACACGAUGGGAAAUCAGCUUGUGGGGGUUGCACCGUCGCAGAUUUAUCCUGUAGAACAUUAUCUGAGUGACCAUGUGGACCUAUCAUUCGAUCAGAGCCUCGGUUCCACCCGUUUCUUGAAGGUAGCUCGUGCUAGAUCCCGUGAGGGACUUGUGGUUGUAAAGGUAUUUGCGGUACAUGAUCCUUCACUCCCGCUAGCUGAGCAUAAGGAGCGGAUCCUGAAGAUAAAAGAACAGCUAGCUUCUGCAUUCAACUGUCUGCCUUACCAAAGAGUUAUUUUGACAGACAAAGCUGGGUUGUUGAUGCGUGAGUACUGCAAGUUCAGCGUAUACGACCGCAUGUCCACACGUCCAUUCCUCACCACGUUGGAGAAGAAAUGGAUCACCUUUCAAGUGCUUUACGCUCUGCAUCGCAUGCACAAACUCGGUAUAUGUCAUGGGGAUAUUAAACUAGAGAAUAUAAUGGUGACAUCCUGGCUCUGGGUGCUGCUCACAGACAUAGCAUCAUUCAAACCCACCUUCCUACCUGAUGAUAAUCCUGCUGACUUCAGCUAUUUCUUCGAUACCUCACGCAGGAGGCUCUGCUAUGUUGCGCCAGAGAGAUUCGUGAGGGCACCCGACCCACAUAAUAGACCUGGGGGUGACGACAAAAUGGGUGGGCUUUUGCUGAGUGAAUCACCCUGUAAAGUCGGUGAACUGGUACCAAGUAUGGACAUUUUCUCAGCCGGGUGUGCCCUCCUCGAGCUUUGGAACGAUGGAACCCCAGCGUUGGACCUACCAGGUCUCCUCGCAUACCGUAAUGGUGAGGAUAGACCUUCCACCAUGACUCUUAGUACUGAUGACGAAGAGCUGAAGAACCUGCUGCACUCCAUGACUGAAAGAAACCCAAGGGAUAGGAAAUCUGCUGAACUGUAUCUUGAUGAAGCUAGGGGAAAAUUAUUCCCUGAAUACUUUUACUCGUUCCUUCAAUCGUACAUGCUGAUAUUCUCCGGACAGCCAAUCCUGCCACCGGACGAGAAAAUACUACGCAUAAACCAAGACAUUAAAAACAUAAUAAAAAUAUUUACCCAACCCUCGGACGCCAAAAACUACAAAGAUCUGGUCGAAGAGACCACAGAACACCAAUCGGUUGACAAUAUCGACAAAUUAAAGGACAAUUUUAAAGUUUUGAACGUGAAUACUACAGAUUUUGACGAAGAGGACGAUAAGGCCCCUGAGAUUAAAGAUUUGAGUCCUGACAGUGAAGGGUUGAUUUUGAUUACGUCGCUUGUGACGUCAUGUAUAAGAGGGUUGCACCAUUGUACCUCGAAAUUGUACAGUUUGGAGAUUUUGCAGUUGUUGUGUGAGAACUCUAGCUCCGAAACUAUAUUGGACAGGAUUUUGCCCUAUAUCAUCCAGCUCUCCCACGACAAUAUCCCCCGCGUCCGCGCCCGCGCUGUAUGGACCUGCGCACGCGCACUGGCUGCUGUCAGGGGAUUACCGCAGUCCGAUUGUAACGUGUUCCCCGAGUAUAUUUUGCCGGAGUUAGCUCCUAGGGCUACUGACCCCAGCGUGCCUGUUAGAAUUGCGUAUGCUAAUAAUAUUGCGAGAUUGGCGGAGACGGCGGUUCGUUUCUUAGAUCAGACACAGAAUAUGGUGGACAAGGAGGCAGCUAACAUUAAUUAUGAAACAGAACUCUCUGCUCUGCACGAAAUGAUUCGCAAGCCGUCGUAAAGCGAGCGCUGGUUGAGAACGGCAUCACGAAGCUGUGCAUCUUCUUCGGAAAGCAAAAAGCAAACGACGUGAUCCUCUCCCAUAUGGUGACGUUUCUGAACGACAAGGAGGAGGCGGCACUCCGCGGCUGUUUCUUCGAGAGGGUUGUGGGAGUCGCCGCGUACGUCGGCCAUCAUGCCGCGCCCAUACUUGUACCUCUACUGCAACAGGGUCUAACCGACCAGUCGGAGUGGAUAAUAGCGAAGGCCCUCCGCGCCACCACCAACCUAGCGGAGAUGGGGCUACUCAACAAACAGACACUCUGCGACCUCGUUGCAGAGAGUGCCGUGUUCCUCGCACACCCUAACUUGUGGAUCCGACAGGAGGUGUGUGGGUUGGUGUCAUGUGUAGCGAGCUUGAUGAACCCCAUCGACGUGCACUGCAAGAUACUGCCACUGGUCUGGCCGCAUCUCAAACAUAAGCUUAUACAGGUGGAAAGACCAGAACUCCUGUUGGAGAGUCUCUCGGAGCCGAUCCCUCGCAAGGUGUUGGAUGCUGUACUCCGGCACGGGGACGUGGACCGGCUCGUGCAGACUCUACGCGAGAGGAGGAAUACUAGACUUAAGGUUAAACAAGGCACGGUACCUCAAUACUCAGAAAUGGGACAGCAACUUAGAAACUUGUUCCGGAGA